AGUAGUAGCAAUAGUAGUACCAGUAGUAGCAGUAGUAGUAGUAGUGGUAGUAGUAGUAGUAGUAGUAGUAGUGGCAGCAGUAGUACCUUCUGUUAUCGGUCCUAGCAUGUCCUCGACACACCCGCAGAUGUGAGGAUGCGAUUCCAAGGCGAGACCGAGGUGGUCGAGAACAGCCUGUACGAGACCGUGGAGAACAUUCGCGGGGCCGAGGUGGUCGAGAACAGCCUGUACGAGACCGUGGAGAACAUUCGCGGGGCCGAGGUGGUCGAGAACAGCCUGUACGAGCCCUUGGACAACACCCGCAGGACCGAGGUGGUCGAGAACAGCCUGUACGAGACCUUGGACAACACCCGCAGGACCGAGGUGGUCGAGAACAGCCUGUACGAGCCCUUGGACAACACCCGCAGGACCGAGGUGGUCGAGAACAGCCUGUACGAGCCCUUGGACAACACCCGCAGGACCGAGGUGGUCGAGAACAGCCUGUACGAGCCCUUUGAAAACGUGAGGAAGCCGCGGUGAGGAAGAAGGAAAUGGAAGAGGAGGAGGAAGAUGAGGAGCAAGCGUGAAAACAUGGGAGGGCAGGCAACAAAAAGCCUGCUGGUUCAUCACGAGGCUGCCUGCUUUAGCGACAUGUGAAUCAGCUCGUCAGCCAAUUGAGAGACCUGCGCCACAGACUGAAGCACUUUUGUACGCACGCGCGGGCACUUCGAGCUCGCCCCUGACGCAGCAAAGUGACGACCAGUGCGAUCUUGGAAGGAAAUUAUCGCUUUCGAGCAAACAACUUCUGCUGGUAAGCUGUUCCAGUGGCGGACGGGUCUUCGAAAAAUAACUCCUGCCGAUAUCUGUGGGGUGGGCGAGGCGACGCACCCCCGGCGCAUGCCCCCAUUGAUUGGCAGAUUGCUGCAUCGUUUGAAGGAAGGAAGGAAGGGAGGAGAGAAAAAAGAAGAAGAAAAAGAAGAAGAAGAAGAAGAAGAAGAAGAAGAAGAAGAAGAAGAAGAAGAAGAAG